AUGGAGGUGUUUGCUCUUAUAUCCAUGUGUGCUACCGCAAAAGAGGCGUGGGAUGUGCUGAUGAGUACGUAUGAAGGAAAUUCUAAAGUCAAGAAACAACGUCUUCAACAAUUAGCCACCAGAUUUAUAUACUCUAAGGUGAAGGUUUGGGAAGAAAUAGAGGAUAGGAAGAUCGAGUCUUCGCGUAGCGGGAUCACCCAAGUUAUCGGUGUUGAUUCCUGGUGUAUCUAUCCUGUUCUUUCCGCUGCUGUGUUCGUGUGUUUAAUGGCGCUGCAAAGAGAAGGUGGGUCUGUUGUGAGACCACCCCUACUUGAUGGAAGCAAUUAUAUCUACUGGAAAAUGCGAAUGACUUCCUUCAUUCGUGCGGUCGAUGAGAAUGCUUGGACUUCUGUUGAAGAAGGAUGGACUGUUCCAUGUGAUGAGGAAGGGAAACCCAAGCCAAGGAUCAGGUGGACGUUCAAUGAAUUGGCUGCUUCAAACGCUAAUAAAAAAGCACUAAAUUCAAUCCAGAAUGCAGUUACCAUGGAGGUGUUUGCUCUUAUAUCCAUGUGUGCUACCGCAAAAGAGGCGUGGGAUGUGCUGAUGAGUACGUAUGAAGGAAAUUCUAAAGUCAAGAAACAACGUCUUCAACAAUUAGCCACCAGAUUUGAAGAGUUAAAGAUGGACGAGAACGAGACAAUCAGUAUUUUUCAUGGCAAAAUCCUUGCUAUUGCCAACGAGAGUUUCUCACUUGGUGAGAAAAUUUCUGAAGAGAAACUGGUGAGAAAGGUGAUGCGCGCUUUACCAGAGAGAUUCGAUUACAAAAUUGCUGCUAUUGAUGAAGCUAGAGAUGUGUCUGAUAUGAAGCUGGAAGAACUCAUUGGAUCGUUGAGGACGUUUGAGAUGAAUCUGAGAUCUGAGAAAACUGGGAAAGGGAAGAGUAUUGCCUUUGUUGCUGAUUUCGGGAAUAGCAAAAAGAAUUCUACAGAAUUCGACUCUGAUGACUUGGUUGAAUCGUUUGCUACAUUCACCAAGAUUUUUGGUAAAGCCUUCAACAAAUUCAAGAAGAAGAAUGGCGGCAACAAGGGAUUUCAGAAUGCCAAGAAUUUUCAUCCUUCUCAAAGUAAGAAUGAACGUGGAUUAGAAUACAGAUCAGGAAUUCAAUGCCACGAAUGUCAUGGGUAUGGUCAUAUUAAAGCCGAGUGUGCCAACACAUUAAAGAAGCAGAAUAAAUCCUUCAAUGUUUCUCAAAGUGAUGAUGAAACGGAUGACAGUGGGAGCGAUUCAGAGGAUGAACCAGUUGCUCUUCUAAGCUCUACUGAUCUUUCUAAGAAGGAGGAGAUUGAGGAUGAUCCUUUGAAACUUGAGACUGAUUCUGACACUGAAGAGAAAACUGUUGCUUAUGCUGCGAAAGUGGAGGAAGUUUCUGCCAAAGUCUCUCUGGACGUUGCUACUAUGGAAGAGACUGAAAGUGACAAUGAGGAACUUGAUGAAAGCAACCUGGAGAAAAAUUAUGAGAUGAUUUAUAAGAAAUGUUUGGCGGUGCUGGAAUUAAACAAGUCUCUAUCAAUGCAACUUAAUGAUGUUUCUAGAGAACGCGAUAAUUAUAAGGAGAUGUAUGAGAUGCAAAAGACAGAACUUGACAUUCUUAAGCAGACCAUGGAAUCGAAGAUGGGAGAAUUGGAGCAUCAACAGAAGCUGGUUAAGAUGAUGAAUUCAGGAACAAACAAGCUCGAUGAAAUUCUGGAGAAUGGGCAAUGUUCUGGAAACAAGGCAGGUUUGGGAUUUCAAGGAAAAGGUUGGGUUCCUAAAAAUGAUGGUGUCAAAAGUAAUGAUAUCCCAACCAAAGAAGCAAAUCGUCCACCUCCUCAAAACACUCACAGGCCAGCGACUUAUAGAAAUAUGCCUCCUAAGAAGAAUCAUAAUCGAGCCUUUAUUCCUACAUGUCACUAUUGUGGAAGGCGCGGGCAUAUCAGACCCAGAUGUCGUUUCUUUCUUCGUGACAUCAAGAUCAACAUGAGAAACUCUCAAAACCAUCGACCAAGGAUGAACAUAAGCUAUGUGGCUCAAAAUUCAUUGGGGUCUGAAUUUCAACACUCAUGGCAUCUGGAUAGUGGUUGUUCUAAUCAUAUGACAGGAGAUGCAAAAUAUCUUGAAGAUAUUCAUGCUGUGGCAGAUGAAGAAGUCACUUUUGGAGAUGGUGUUCUGGCGAAAGUUAUUGGAAAAGGGACUUUAAAUGUUUCAGGUAUGCCGAAGCUUAAGAAUGUUAUGCUUGUCAAUGGUUUAAAAGCUAAUUUAAUCAGCAUUAGUCGGCUUUGUGAUAUUAAAAUGAGUGUUAGCUUUGACAAGGAUAAAUGCAUUGUGAAGAAUGGUGAGACAAUGUUUAUAACUGGAAAGCGCUCAAGUGAUAAUUGUUAUAUUGUCUCAACUAACAACUCGCACUUCAAGGCCUACACAGAUCCUACAGAAUCUUGGCAUCAAAGACUUGGGCUCUGCAUCUUAUGA